AUGUCCUUCUCCUUCGGCGCACCUGCCGCCAAACCCGCCUCAACCGGCUUCAGCUUCGGCGCACCACCCGCCUCAACCGCCCCAACCUCUUCCCUCUUCGGCGGCGCACCGGCCGCCUCCCAGCCCGCCGCCACCCCUUCCCUCUUCGGCGCAGCGUCCCAGCCCACUUCCGCGCCCUCGCUCUUUGGUCAGGCACCGACCUCGCAGGCGCCGACCACCUCGCUCUUUGGCCAGCCCGCCGCGUCGCAGCCCGGUGCCGCGCCGUCCCUGUUCGGCAGCACGGCGCCAAAGCCCCCCGGCAUGGGCCUGUUCGGCAGCACGACGACGCCGGCCCCGACCGGCGGCCUCUUCGGCCAGUCGAGCGCCGCGCCCGCGAGCGGCGGCCUGUUUGGCACCAGCGCCGCACCGCCAGCCGGCGGCCUCUUUGGUGCGUCGAGUGGCGCACCGGCGUCGGGCGGGCUCUUUGGCCAGCAGCAGCCGCAGCAGCAGCAGCAGCAGCAGCAGCAGCAGCAGCCGUCGACGGGCCUCUUUGGCCAGUCGCAGUCGGCCGCCACGUCGUCCCUGUUCGGCUCCAAGCCCGCCUCGUCGACGCUCGGCGGCGGCCUGUUCGGCGCGUCGACCUCGGGCCCGCCCCAGCAGCAGCAGCAGCAGCAGCAUCAGCAGCAGCAGGCGCCCGUCCCUCGCCUCGGCGACCCGCUCCCGCCGUCGCCCAACGAGCCGUCGAUCGAGUCGCGCCUCGAGGCCCUCAAGGCGGCGUGGGACCCGCAGUCGCCCAAGUGCCGCUUCCAGGCCUACUUCUACAACGAGCUGCCCCAGGGCCACUCGCGCGACAUGUACGCUCGCCCGGCGCCGGGCACCGACGAGGCGAGGUGGGACAAGGCGAGGAGAGAGAACCCGGAGCCCGAGCGCCUCGUCCCCGCACUCGCCGUCGGCUUCCCCGCGCUCGAGAAGCGCAUCGCGGCCCAGUCGUCGCGCACGGCGCAGCACGCGGCGCUCCUCGGCGAGCUGCACACGCACCUCGCGUCGCUCCAGUCGACGCACACGCUCACGACGAGCCUGCGCACGCUGCGCGCGCAGCAGACGGCCGUCGCGCUCCACGCGCGCCUGACGGCGCUCGUCGCGCGGGCGGCGGCGCUGUCACCGGCGCGUGCGGCCGGCUUGCGCGCCGACGAAGACGCGCUCCGGGUCGAGCUCGAGCGCGCGAGGGGCGAGGUGGACCGGGUGCGGGCCAAGGCGGGCGAGCUGUGGGCCGGCGUCGGUGCCGUCAAGAAGCGCAAGGAGGAGGGCGAGGGCGUCGAGUGGGCCGUCAGCGACGAGGAGGGCCUGCGGAGGGUGCUCGAGAUUCUGAGCAGCCAGCAGGCUGGGUUGGACCAUGUUUCGCGCACGGUGAGGAGCAUGGCGGGCGACGUGGACGUGAUGAACCAGGCGUUCGGGCUGCCGGCGACGAGGGUCGUGGCGGGGACGACUGCACGGGAAGGGCAGUAG